AUGGAUCGUCGAAACCAAACCCAACAAAAACCGACGGUAAAAAAACGUCUGCCAGCCGACAACGAUGAGACCGGUCAAAUGACACCCCUAAACUCCAAGGGAUUUCUGCGCCGACAACGAUUGAACUGUUUCUACACCAAUGAUCAGGAUUUUCUCAGUAAGUUUCCAGAAGUGGAACUACUACUACAAUGGAAUCUCAAUGCCGUAAACGAAACCUGGUUGACGACCAAAAUUUUAGACUCGGAGAUGCGAUUACCAGGCAUGCAGCUAUUAAGGCGUGAUCGUGCAACGCGAGGUGGGGGCCUGUUGCUCUAUUAUCAUAACAGCUUGCAAUGCGAGCAAAUUGAGUGCCCGUUUGCUGCUUAG